AUGAACACCAGCACCGACAUAAUUACCGGCACAAAUCAAAAGAAGGGUGUAUUUUGGAAGAGAGUCUUGGACGCAUACGAUGCUGCCAGGGAAUCGAAUGCAGAUGAAAUAUCCCUACGAACUAUUAGUAGUUUGAAGGGAAGGUGGAUGCGAAUCUCUGAAGCCGUGUUAAAGUGGUGCGGAAGCUAUGAUAAGGCCCGGAAGCGAAAGGGAAGUGGCUAUAACGAAGAUGAUGUUAUCCAAGAGGCCCACAAAAUCCAUGAGAACUCAUUCGGACGAUUCACCUUCUACGAGGAAUGGAUCCAAUUAAGGAAGUGGGACAAAUUCCGGUCUUUCUUGGACCAACAAACAUUCAAGCCUUCGGUGGGACGUCCACAUUCAACUCCACUGACGAAUGAGUCUGUAGGGAGCGGAAGUAGUGGGAAGAGGACACGGGAUGAGGGUGACAAUUCCUCACCUACCACACCAACCAGCGUGGGUGUCGGUGAUGAGAGAGUAGCUCGUGCUGAAGGUAUUAAAAAGGCUAAGUCGAGAUUGAAGGGUAAAGCUCCAUCAAGUCAAGCAUUUAAGGAAUUAGAAACAUUCAACAGCCGAUUGCAGCUACUUGGGGAUUCGAUGAAUGUGUCAAACGAAGCAGAAAUGAAGAGACUUGAAAUACAGGAGCGCAAGGAGGCAAGGAAACAACGGAAAAUUGAGCUAGAGCAAUAUAGGAUUAACUGGGAGCAACUAUCUCGUCUAGAACAGAAAGUAAACCGAGAACAGUGGGAAGACGAAAUGAUAGUAAUACUUCGGAACAAUAUUCAACGUUUCAAUAAUGAUGCUUAG